AUGGCUACGCCUGGAAUUCUUCAGCGUAGUCUUAGGGAUCCAACCUUGACGACAGAAGCCAAGUUCUGGCCAGGUGGCAUCCCUUCUUUCAUCAAGUCUCCAACAGAGAACUUUACUCUCGAGGCCUACGAUUUCCCUCCUCUGGCGAAGGGCUGGUAUCGCUUUGUUCGGGAAAAUUGGGUCUCGAGCGACGAUGAAACGGAUGACUCCAAGGGUCAACAACGUCGAUCCCUGAUUGAAUUUCCGAGAUACCAAGGGGACCGGUUUUCGCAGGAGGAACUCUCUAGUUACGGCUGCUGCUAUCAUCCAAAGGUUGCCCCUUGGGAGCUGUGCCUUACUGCAGAUGCCCCAAGACUAUCAACUAACUGGGCGCUUUGGUUGAAGAUUCAGUUACUAUUCUAUGAUUACAAUCGGAUGAAUGGUUACGUCGCGGAAGAUACAUAUACAAUCACGCCAAAGGAGAACGAUUCUAUUACUCUUGAUAAUAUCAAGCGGUACCAGGGUCUGGAGACUGCUAAUUUCGACAUCGUAGCCUUUAACAAUGUUGGGGAGGCAGUCUAUGAUUCCUUGCAUCCCCCUCCAAUCAUUGUGGACGAUUAUGCGCUGAAUACCGGCUUGGUACUUCUUGUUCUUUCCUAUGUGAAUGGCGUGCCUUAUGAAGGCUACCGCAUGCGUGCCUUGAAUUUCUUCUCUCUCUCGGAGCUUAUACUAGGUCUAGGCAAGCGAUUGGAAGUCCUUUUAGAGCCAUAUGGAGGAGCAGGGCAGGACCCAGUGGACGAGAGGAUUUAUUUCGACAAUGAAGCGUUUGACAUGAAAAAACCGCUUCUAGAGAUUUUACUGACUGAGUCAGAGGAUCUAGGUGCGGAAGAUGAAGAGGUAGAAGAGACGUUGAAUGAAAUAGCCCCAGGCUACUUGGAAGCAGAGGCAGAAGGAGACGGACUGGCAGAAGGGUUUGAUAUAUUUAGCUCGGAAUUUGAACUUGACUGA